CGUGCUGAAUUAUUCAUGCUCUCCAUUUUGCAGGAAUGCCGAGUUUGUAGGUGAAAUCCACAAACGGCAAAGAGAACAUGUUGGUGAAGGUGGGAUCUGCCUCACGGUCUGUCUCGCUGGGGUGGCUCAGUGUAGCAGUAGGAGCUGUAUUUGGGAAGGAACUCCCUCUCUUUCCCAUAAGGCUGUCCCUGUCCUUUUGAUGGGUUUAUACAGGAUUUCCUGCUGAGUCAAUAGAGGAGGAGUGCAGGGAGAUAGCAGCCGGGAUUCCAGGGAGCCAGAGGAGGUUGCAGCCCGGCGGAGGCAGAGCAGCGCUGCCUUUUGACUUAUCCCCUGGAGCCCUCCACCCACUCCCUCCAUGUCCACAGCUAGCAAGCGUUUGUCUCACCAUGAGUUCUGAAUUAAACGUCCCAGUGGAUCCCUCCACCCCUGCUUGCUGCUCUGAGCCUGGCACGAAGGGCAUGGAUUACCGGGACUGGGUCCGGCGCAGCUACCUGGAACUGGUCACGUCAAACCACCACUCUGUUCAAGCCCUUUCCUGGAGAAAAUUGUACCUGAGCCGAGCCAAACUGAAAGCUUCCAGCAGAACCUCUGCUCUGCUCUCUGGAUUUGCCAUGGUGGCCAUGGUGGAGGUGCAGCUGGAGGUGCAGUACAAGUACCCCCAGAUGCUGCUGAUCGCCUUCAGUGCCUGCACGACGGUGCUCGUGGCGGUUCAUCUCUUCGCCCUGCUCAUCAGCACCUGCAUUCUGCCCAACGUGGAGGCAGUGAGCAACAUCCACAACCUGAACUCCAUCAGCGAGUCCCCCCACGAGCGCAUGCACCCCUACAUCGAGCUGGCCUGGGGCUUCUCCACCGUCCUGGGAAUCCUCCUGUUCCUCGCGGAGGUCGUGCUGCUGUGCUGGAUAAAAUUCCUGCCUGUGGGCUCCAUCCUGAAGAACGAGACCACCAACGUGGAGAAGCCCAGCAGCCACGCGGGGUGGCAGUCAGCACUGGUCUCCACCAUCAUCAUGGUCCCCGUGGGUCUGAUUUUUGUCGUCUUCACCAUUCACUUCUACCGCUCCUUGGUGCGGCACAAAACGGAGCGGCACAACCGGGAGAUCGAGGAGCUCCACAAACUCAAAGUGCAGUUAGAUGGGCAUGACAGAGGCAUGCAGGUGGUGUGACAGAGCCUGCACGCCCCCUCAGCUGGGGCUGAGGGCAAAACACCCGGUUUGCUACUUGGUGGGACGCACCAGUGAUGGAUUAUCUUGAGGCUUCAAUAUGUAAAUGCUAAUUGCCUGCCAUUUCUAGCUGUGGGUUCUAGUGCUGUUUCACAUGCUGGGGUCUCUGGCCUGAUUCUGGUCCUACACACUUGGUACUUGAGUUGACACUGCCGUGGAGUUCAAGGUCAAAACUUUACCUUAACAUUGGUUCAGGUAGCCAAAAAUCUGUAUUUUUUACAAAUGCAAUAUUCUGUUGCCAAAAGUAAAACUGCAUCAGCUUCCAAACAGCCAGUGUGUGUGUGUGUGUGUGUAGGACCUGUUUUACAUGUCAGAACUCCCUGGCUGUCAGUGCAGCCACGAUUAACUGGCUGCUCAUUUCUAGAGCAGAGCUGGUUAACGUGGGUACCUGCAGCUGACUCAAGGACAACCAGGAAAGCACAACAGAAACUGAAAGUGUUGAUCACCAUUGUUCCAAAGCAAGUAUUCCAUAAAUACAUAACCUGAAAGAAAUCAGCCUUAGCUUUUUUUGUUCUUUUCUUGCUAUUCUUUACUAUGUUUUUACAGCUGGGGGUGUAGAACUUUGAAUUGCAGGAGGCUGGGAAGUUCUCUCGUACUUUCUUCAGCAGCGUCUGUCACUUUAGAUCGAACGAGUGCCAAGAUCAUGUGUUUUUUCCCAAGAAGAGGCAGGAGUGCCCAGGGAAGGCUUACAGGUGUUUUAGUUUUAACAAGGACAUUCUUAAAACAGAACAGUGCCGGGGAAUUUAAUGAGACAAAACUUUGAAGGACUAGCAAAGCGAGUUUCAAGGAGGUAAGGAGUGACAGCAGAUAUUGUACAAAUCUGUUGCUGUGUCUUCUUCAUUCACGUGUUGCUGCGAUGCCUUUUGCCUGUUUUGCUGGAGAGAACAAGCCCAGUCCUGUCUAUUCCAUCAUUUAGCUUUUUUCAAUUGGCUGUAGCAUUUUCCUGUCAGAAAUGAAGGCUUCCUUCUCCCUUCACCAAAGCAGGCAGCUCCUCUGGUGGAACCUGGAGCUGUGCUGGCGAGCCUGAUGGAGCUGGAUCCGGCAGGAAUGCUGUGUGCCAUUAAAGAGCUAUCCAUUUCCCUUGAGCUCAUUUCUUUUUUCAGCAGCUGAGACAGUGACACUUGCAUGUCUGUGUUGCUUAGCAAGGGAAGCUUGUAAAUUCUGUAGCAUCCUUGUGGGUGAAAAACUUCUGAAAAAAAAAACAAUUUUAUGAUUUUUGGUAACUUUGUGGAGGGAAAAGAGUGUUUUGCAAUCAUGAGCUCUUUGAAGGGAAAGUAAGGCUUUCUGCCACACAGGGCUGCAAGAAGCAUAAGCACAUUUUCUUGGCCCUGAUCCUGUGCUGAUUUCCUCCUCUGCACUCAAAAACUGCAGUUUCAGAGUCUCUGAGGCCUUAUAGGUUUCUGAAAUCAUUAAGGAUGUUUGUAAUGCUCUAUUUAACCCUGGUCCCUUAUUCCACUGGGAUUUGAGAAACUUAAUGGCAGUGUAUUAUUACAUGUCAGCUUCCCAGAACGGAGAGCACACGCAAACCCCAGGGCAGCAGGGUGAGACUAUCCCAAUAUUCCUCUCUGGUGAGGGCCUUGGGAAACCAACUCUCAUCUCUCAUGUUUACAUGCGAAUGUGAGCGUUGCUGAACAAGUUGCUUAGCACUGUGUCUGUGGCUUUCAUCUGCUGUUCUUGCUGCAGUUGGCAUGUACCAUAUUGGCUGAUGUGCAGCAAAGAAAAAUAGGCUUUGUGUGCUAAAUGACUAAUCUGUACUCAUGUGCAUAUGCAAAAAAAUGAGGAGUGUCCUCCAGGAAGUGGGUGGUCCUGAAAUUCAUACAAACUCCCCAGGAAUCCGCCGUCUCUCCCUUCCUCUUUUUACCAUAAUAAAAAUUAAAGGUUUAUACAACAAAAUCAGAGUUCAGUUUUCUGCCUAGUAAUGCACAUGUGGGCUCUUCCCCCAGGAGAAUUUCUGUUGUGAGGCCAGAGCCAGACCAGAUGGGAAGAGUCUCUCAUCUGUACUUUGCACUCUCCUUUAAUAAUACCCUUGUGUACUGAGGAGCUCAGGAAGUUGUCGAGGAAAGCAUUGAGCCAUUUUUGCAAUUUAAAAGGAAAAGUUUCCCCCGUGUGCACACAGUGCUGUGAAAGCAAUGCAGCUCGUUUGGAAACAGCCAAUUUGUUAAUUUAAUUUUUUGCAAGUAUAAUGAACUUCAGCAAAUGGAGAAAUGCAGCAGAAACUGUGCUUUGAUUUUUGUAGAAUAACUCGUUGAGGCUUUGGUGGGAUUGGAUUCAAGAUCAGUCUCAAGGCAGAGCAUCUGUGACUGGAGUGGGAUAGCCUUACUCCAGGGGGAGUCUGAGGUAUGGUUUGGGAUGGUGUCCCCGGGGGCAAAUGUACUUAAAACAGAAUAAUAACAUGCUUUCCCAUCUUUGCUUGCAGCUCUGUGUCUUGUGUCUCUCUGGGCACCGAGUUCUCCCUUCCAUGAGAAGCCCUUGAGAGUAUUUUUGCUCAGUGACUGUAGCAUCUGGGAUCUCUCUGGGAUCACCUUUGUGCUGUAACUCCUCUCCCUUCCCAACAACAGCAUCUGCUUUUCUUGCUCCUGCCUCUCUUCCUUUCAACUUGUUUGCAUUUUCACCUCUGUCAGGUCCAGACUUGUGUUGCAGACAGGUUACCUGUGGUACCAGCCGUAGCAGUUCAUCCAUAAAGGAAGGAGUAGGGAUGUUGGAGUUGUCCAGGUGGGUGUUUCUGUGCUACAGCACUAGAAAAUCC